CUAGUCCCGCCUGCUCUAUGUCAAAUAACUAAUACAGGGGUAUCCAACUCUGGCCCCUCCAGAUGUUCAUGGACUAUGAUUCCCAUCAGCCCCAGGGGCACCCCUGAACUAAUAUACGAGUGUUUUGGUUUUUCUUGCUUGUUUCUUGUCGGCUGGAGGCAAACGCUUGUCGCUCUUUUCAAGAUGACUCUCGGCUCUUUUACAGCAUUCAUCAUCAACCAAGACGAGGCUUUAGAUGAGGCUGAGAUGGGGCAGCAUUGAGCGUGGCCACUAAGAGCUUCCAACAAGCAUCUCUUUCCCCCUCCAUCUAGGAAGGCGCUCCCAUUUUUUGGCCUAAACGUGGCACAACAGGCAGCAGCUCAUCUGAGCAUCUUUGGAAGCCAGGAGAACGGCGCUGCUUGGUUCCCAUGGCAACCGGGGCGGAGGGUACCAAUCUCCAUGGCAACGGGAGGAAGUCAGAAUUUGCAUCAGGAGGAGGAGGCGGGUGCAGGUGUAGCUGGUUGUGCCAUCAGAUUCAUCCUCUCCUGUGAUGUCACAAAGAGACCUAAGUGUUGGAAGCAAUUUGUGUCUUGAAGGUCACUAGACCUUACAUCAGUAGCUUUUCCUAUCACACGGUAAACCAACUUUCUUUGAAAUUUCACAGAGCUGGUUGGGCCUUUCAGCUGGUGACCACUAGAUGCCUAGACAAGGAGGCUGUUUUGAUUCCUGCCCAUUAGCAAAGGGAUCUCCCUGUUGCCCUGUUCCAACCCUCUGCAGUCAAGCCUUAAUUCCUGAUGGAGCCUGUCGCCUGUCAAUCCAUCUUAGAAAACUCAGCUCCUCCUGCCAAGGAUCCUGAUCUGCCAUCGCAGCCUCCGGCGCGUGUCGGCAGGAUCCAGCGUGGGGCAGCGCAAGGCAAGACCAGCGGCCUGUACUUGAAGCUCGUCUCCUUGCGAGGCGGGCUCAUGAGCUGGUACUUCUGCCUCAAGCAGAUUCAGUGGGACCUGUUGCAGUGGAUCCACAUCUCCUUGGAGUUGGCCAUCGACGUCUUCUUCAGCUGGGUGCAAAAUGUGCUCUUGGUUUCCAUGAUGCUUCUGCUGCUGGCUUGGAAGGCUCACAGUGGGGCCAGGCAGCACGGUUGGAGAACGUUGCUGUGGGACUUGACCUCGCAGCUGCAGCACGCCUGGGACCAGUCUCUCUUGAGGGCCUGUUGUUGCAACCUGAGAAGCUUUGUGGAGCGGGCAGCCUUGGCUCCGAUCCAGUGUGUCACCUGGAUGACCUACUACCUGGUCCGGGCUCUGGAAGUCAUCUUCGUGCAGGCUUUGAUGAUGGCGGGAGAGGAGAAAGAGGAAGAGGCGCUGGUGGAAGCCUUUUCUGAGUCUCUGUCUGUGCUCAUCCUUCAGUGUGAGGAACAAGAUUCAAGCAGCGGUCAAUAA